CUGUACGACUCUUCUGGAGCCAGACAGGAAGCCAAGACCCUGGGGGCGGAGCACAGGGGCCACGCCUUCUCCGGGCUGGUCCCUGGUAGGCUGUACCGGGCUGAGGUCAUCACUCACAGCGGGGAGCUGACCAAUAACGCGUCUGCGUUCGGCCGCACCGCCCCGGAGCCCCCCCCCCACCUGUCGGCGCGGCGGGCCUCGGCCAAUGACACGAUGGAGCUGAGGUGGGCGUCGCCCGCCGGGGGGGACUGGGACGACUUCGUCCUGCAGUGGACGCCCGCCGACCGGCUGACCGUCACCCAGCAACUGACCCGCAGCACGGUCAGGGGCAUGUUUCCCGGGCGACGGUACAACUUCACCUUGGUGACCGUCAGUGGGGGCGGAGCCAAGGGAGGCCCCGUCACCAGGAGCCAGCCAAUCCAGACCAACAUCAGGACAAGCCCGUCCCCUCUGAGGUCCAUCCACUGCCUGCCCGUCUCCUCCUCCUCCCUGUCCUGCUCCUGGUCGCCGCCGCUCGCCGACUUCGACUCCUACGAGGUCGAGUGUCGUCGCCACGACGACGGGGAGCUGACCCAGGAGCUGAGGCUGGCCGGGGGCGUUACCGCGGUAACACUGGACCGCCUGGACGCCUUCAGGAAGUACUCUGUGACGGUCAGGGUGUCGUCGGGCGGGAAGACGAGUCCACCGGUCACUCAAACCACCGUCACCAUGAUCGACCGUCCCCCGGUGCCUCCUCCCAGUAUGCGGGUCAGUGAGAAGCUGUCCAAAGUCACGUCCUCCUCCAUCCUGUUCCGCUUCAACUGCUCCUGGUUCAGCGACGCCAACGGGGCCGUGCGCUACUUCGCCAUGGUCGUGUCCGAGUCAGACGCCAAUGAGAUCGUUCAGCCGGAGCAGCGCCACCCUCUGCCCACAUACCGGGACUACAUCAGCAACUCCUCCGUCCGACUCUACCAGACCGCCUACUUCCAAAACCGCUGUCCCCAGGACGCCGAGGCCUCCGCUGGACAGGUGGUGGAGGUGAACCUGGGGGCAGGAGGCGACCGGCUGGGUGGGGUCUGCGAUCGUUACCACGACGACGACCUCUACCUGAGAGACAGCUACGGCGCCUUCUGCGACGGCCCUCUGAAGGCCAAAACCUCCUACAGGCUGAGCGUGCGGGCCUUCACCAAACUGUUUGAUGAGAACCACAGGGAGGUUGUUCAGCCACUCUUCAGUGACACCUACCUGUCCACGCCACUCAGGACGCACGCAGAGCCUCUAGGUGGCGUGGUGGAGGGCCUGAGUGCAGGGAUGUUCCUGAUCGGCAUGAUGGUGGCGGUGGUGUCUCUGCUGGUGUACCGGCAGAGGCUGCGCAAAGUGGCUGUGCAGGAGAACCCGGUGGUCAGGAUGAGCAUGUGGAAAGAAGUUCCAGCCUCGGGGAUGUACAUGGGAGUGAGGAGGCAAGUGUGUGAGAUCUAUAAUUACUCUAAUGGAGUACAGGAGCGAGGCAGAGCCCGGUUCCCAGCAUCUCCCACGUCCAAUAUGUGA